AUGGAUAUGAAAAGCGCAAAGACCGGUAUGAGCCUACCCGUCUUUCCACCAGAGUUCCUCGAAGAAACUGCCCGUACAUUAUCACUGUUGAUCCCGUCAUCCAAUCUGAAAUGUCAACGAUGGAUCCGCAAGGCUCGCAGGCAGGAUGAUAUUGAUCUGGAAGCAGCAUAUUUGCCUCCCACAUCACGAGAUCUUGCCUAUUUCCCGUACUGGGGUCGAAAGCUCAUGGAGAUGCGAGACGAAUAUGAGCGGACGGAACCGACGACGAUGCGGCAAUGGAUCUUGGACAACCGAAGCCCAACCAACAUUAUACGUUCUGGAUUGCUGUGA